AUGGAGGAGGAGGAGGAGGAGAAGAAGAAGAAAGGUCUUCCGUGUCAAGCUAUGCACCAUGCAAAUUCAGCGAAAUAUAUCCUCCUCUCCCUAAGGGAUGAUACUCCUCCAGCAUCCUCAGAGGAAAAAGGAACUAUUUUGAGCACCUUUGUGACAAUCUACUACACCUUGGGCAUGGCAAAUCUGAUGCAGAAAGACACCAAAGAAUGUUACUGCAACCUGCAGAAGGCUGAAAAAUGCCUAGAAGAAUUUCAGGGGUUAGAUUGGAAAAGAGCUGCCAAACUUAAAGUAUGCACCAAAGACACUUGUGGCACUUGGCAGGAGUCUGUCUUAGAAGGGAUCAUCUUACCUUACAUGAAUCUUUGCCUCCUUCCAGGAUACCUGCACACAAUGUGUUCUUCCCUGACAUUGAUGGGCAGCAUACUGAAACUUCCAAAGCUGAAGAUGAAGCAGCCCAUAAGCUUGUAUUGUGAAGAAGAACAAAAAGGCAGGGCAAGUUUUCAGAAAAACAAAUUAGAUUUGGCAUCCAAGUAUUUUGAGAAGGCGGUUGAUUAUCUCAUUUCAACAGAAGGAGAUGUGGCUGCUAUGUAUAUAUUUCAUGCAAAAUACACCGCACUUGUUUUUCUAGAGGCUGCUGAAAGGUAUUUCAACGAGAGCUUGGUAGCCUACAAGGAAGCAUUAGGAAUGGACCAUCCUCAGACAAUCAGUGCCCUUAAAGUCUUCAGCAAGUGGACUUGCUGGAAAAAGAAAGCCUAUGAAUUACUCAAAGAGUCCUUUAAAACUCAACAAAAUCCCUGCAAUUAUUUUAAUAAGCAGGCAGCUGAACGAUUAUAUAUUAUGGGCUGCAUUUGUCUAGCGGAGGAGAAAAUAAGUGAGGCCUAUCAGCUGCUCAGUAAGAUAAUUACUAACAAAAUGUGUGUGCAGAUUCAGACUGCUAUUUAUGGGUCCCACCACAAGGAAACUAAAGAGAUACAAGAGCUACUAGAUAUGAUGAAUAGGAUUGCAGGGGAACAGAAAUUGACCAAGUGUCUAAAACAGGAUAAAAAGCCAAUGCUAAUUUGCUCCAUCCCAGAUCUUUAGGCAACACAGGACUGGAAAAGAAGACCGGAAAAGAUAUGCCUAAUAUACAAGAGAAAUUGACCUAUAAAUUCUUGAUUACAUUUCUGCAACACA